AUGUCCAACUUCUUUCUCUUUACCUUCAUCAUCAGCUCUGCCCUGUGUCUUCUUUAUGCAUCUGCAGAACUCCAGAGAUUUGAACACUCUCCUAAACAUGAUGAUGCUCUUAGCUUCUUGGUGCUUGGUGACUGGGGAAGAAGAGGCGCUUACAACCAAUCAAAAGUUGCUUUCCAGAUUAUAGCGUCUGCUCUUCUACAUAGCUCUUUUAUGCAUCUUCUAAUGCAUGAAAAAAUGAACAUGCAGAUGGGAAAGGUUGGGGAGAAACUUGAUAUCGACUUCGUAGUUUCCACUGGGGACAACUUUUAUGACAAUGGACUAUUCAGUGAACACGAUAACGCUUUUGAAGAGUCAUUUACCAAAAUCUACACAGCAAAAAGCCUGCAAAAGCAGUGGUAUAGCGAGCUGGCUGAGAUUUUCUUUGUAGACACCACUCCUUUUGUUCAAGAGUACUUCACUGAACCACAGCAACACAAGUACGAUUGGCGGGGCAUUGGACCACAAGAACCUUAUAUUACCAACUUACUCAAGGACCUGGAUCUGGCACUGAGGGAAUCAACAGCAAAAUGGAAGAUUGUUGUUGGUCACCAUGCCAUUAGAAGUGUUGGGCAUCAUGGGGAUACUCAAGAACUUGUAAAGAAGCUGCUCCCAAUCCUUCAGGCAAAUAAUAUUGAUUUUUACAUGAAUGGGCAUGAUCAUUGCCUUGAACAUAUCAGUGACACAGAGAGCCCCAUUGAGUUCCUGACUAGCGGGGCAGGGUCGAAGGCUUGGAGAGGAGACAUCAAAGGAAUGGAUGGAAAGGGCCUAAAUUUCUUCUAUGACGGACAAGGCUUCAUGUCCGUUAAAUUGUCUCAGACUGAUGCUACCAUUGAGUUCUAUGAUGUUUUUGGCAACGUUUUACACAGAUUGGCUUCUUCAAAACUGCUACAUUCUUCCAUGUGA